AUGACCACCGUAAACCACACUGGCGUUAGCCACACAGUCUUCCGUUUGCUGGGCGUCCCUGGCCUAGAGGACCAGCACAUGUGGAUUUCCAUCCCCUUCUUCAUUUCCUAUGUCACUGCCCUCCUUGGGAACGGCCUGCUCAUCUGCAUUAUCCUCACAAAGCGCAGCCUGCACGAGCCCAUGUACCUCUUCCUCUGCAUGCUGGCCGGAGCAGACAUUGUCCUCUCCACGUGCACAGUCCCACAGGCCUUGGCCAUCUUCUGGUUCCAUGCUGGGGAGAUCUCCCUGGAUCGCUGCAUCACUCAGCUCAUCUUCAUCCAUUCCACCUUCGUCUCUGAGUCAGGGAUCUUGUUGGUGAUGGCGUUUGACCGUUACAUUGCCAUCUGCUACCCGCUGAGGUACACCACUAUUCUUACAAAUGCUCUGAUUGGGAAAAUUGGUGUAACCAUCGUUCUCAGAAGUUAUGGUACAAUUUUUCCCCUAAUAUUUUUGCUGAAAAGACUGACAUUCUGCAAAGGCAAUAUUCUCCAGAACACAGAUUGUAAGCACAUUAUCUUGGCCAAAAUUUCCUGUGAUGACAUCAGUGUAAAUAUCUGGUAUGGUUUUUUUGUCCUAAUGUCAACAGUGGUCUUAGAUAUUCUUCUGAUUUUUAUUUCUUAUGUGCUGAUUCUCCGUGCUGUCUUCCGCAUCCCUUCCCAAGAUGCUCGCCACAAAGCUCUCAACACAUGUGGUUCCCAUGUCUGUGUCAUCCUUCUCUUUUAUGGGCCUGGGAUCUUUACCACUCUUGCUCAGCGAUUUGGACACCACAUCUCACCCCAUAUCCAUGUCCUGCUGGCCAAUGUCUGCUUUCUGGCUCCCCCUAUGCUGAAUCCCAUCAUUUAUGGGGUCAAGACCAAACAGAUCUGGGAGCAAGUGGUUCAUGUGUUGUUUACAAAGCAGAAGUGA